AUGAAAAAGAAGAAAGCAGCACCAAAAAGAAAGCGGAAACAAGACAGCGACGAAAAUUCGUCAGAUGAAGAUCCACCUAAUGCCUCUGAACCGACCUCCAGUAACGAUGAGGACGGUGGAAAAGAAUCAUAUGACGAUAGGAGCGAUUUUGGAGAGGAUGAAGUCAUGGAUAUUGAAGAGGCAGCCAGCAGUUCGAGGACUGAGGACUAUCAGAAAGAGUUUAAGAUACUUGGGCAAACAGAAUUCGCGCCGCUGGAAAAAAUCAAUGUAACAACUUCGUGGGUGUCAAGUGCAACCUUGUUUCCUGCAGAAUUGAACGAGAAUAAUCUAUCUGAUUUGUCUUCCGUAUAUGGAUUACCUGACGGAAUAUUCAAAUUGGUUAAAAAACGAAUUAAAUCUUGGUUUCCUGUGCAGAAAUCAGUUUUGCCCAGUCUACUUCACGAUAUAACACAUGUACCUCCUAUACGACCUCGUGAUAUAGCCAUAUGCGCUCCAACAGGAUCUGGCAAAACAUUGUGCUACGUGCUUCCAAUCUUAGCCCAAAUAGGAUCCCGCCCCUCUGGUCGUCUACGUGCGCUUGUUAUAGCUCCGGUACAGACACUCGUUAAACAAAUAGAGGAGGAGUUCCUCUCCUUCAAUGCAUAUGGUGCCAAGAUAGCGGCGUUAAGUGGUGCCACAGAUUUCUCGAAGGAGCAAAAGCAACUGGCCCCUGAUGGGACGUGCCUGUCAGAUGUCAUAAUUUCAACCCCAACACGACUUAUGGAUCAUUUGACUGAUCGAUCUAGUGGAAUCGCACUCACAUCGUUGAGGGAGUCAUCUCAGCGACUGUCUAUACUGAUUUCGCGCCUUGCACGGUCUGCAUUCAAAGUUGAGCAGCUCACUAGUGAUCUAUUCGGCAACCGUAGAACGAAAGUUUUGAGGCGCUUCAAAACUGGCACGACGCGGGUAUUGAUUUGUUCGGACGUUCUAUCCAGAGGAGUCGAUGUCGAAGGUAUUGAUUGUGUUGUGAAUUACGAACUUCCAAAAAACGACCGCUUAUUUGUUCAUCGUGCUGGAAGAACUGGAAGAGCUGGGCGGCCUGGUCAUGUUUUGAGCUUGGGCGAAGGAGAGGCGCGAAAGAUUUUUGUAAAGAAUGUGCUUCGAAAAAAUGGGCUAUGGGUAAAUGCGGAAGAGGAAGCUAUAGAACGGAGUAUGCUUGAAAAUCACCUUAGUCGUUAUCAAAAGGCACUUGGGUAUCUCAAGAAAAAGCUGGAAGCCAAUAAAGCUGUUGCAUCAGAUUGGAUGACAGGAUUAUUGACAGAGAUAGUCUCCAAUUCUUUGGCACUGGAUGCUUCCCAGGAUUGGGAUGAUGUGUAUCUCUACACUCCUUUCCUCAAUGACCAAGCGCUUCUGUACGAGUAUGCAGAAUGCUUAGCAGCUCAGGCCUUUCUUAGAAUAGCUCAACUAAGUUACUCCGUCAGACAACGACCGAAUGCCGAAUUCAUCUCUCCAUCGGGAAAGGUGCCUCUACUGAAAGUACGACGAACGUUGGUACCCGAAUUCAGUGGCAUAGUGGAUUUCGUUGCCAAGAAGGGGAUCAAACUAUGUGCCCAUUUGAGCGACACCCAAGUUGCGGAAAUGCGUGCACAUAUGUCAUUAAUCGAUGUUUUGCUUCGCAACGUUGAAUUGUACAUUACUUGGAAGCACGAUGAUACGUAUAAGCAGCUCACACGGUAUCGCUACGGUUCAGUUUAUAAGUGGCCUUUAAAUUGGAUUCUACCUGCACUGAAAAGGAGAGAAAUCUUAACGAAACUUCAAGACAAUGGCUGGGCUGACAAGGGAGUGGAUGAGGUGUUGGAGCAGUACGAUAAAGCCCUGCGAGCGUUAUCCGCGCAACUGGGCUCGAAACCAUUCCUGUUUGGCAAUCAACCGACGGAAGCGGAUGCCCUUCUGUUCGGGCAUCUAUUCACAAUCAUCACUACUAAACUGCCAUGUAUGGAUUUGAAAAAUGCCAUUCUAAGUUACGCAAAUCUUCAGGAGUUUUCGACUCGAUUCGAAACUGAAUACUUCAAGAUAUGA